AUGAGGGCAAUCAUUCUACUGGGCUUGAUCCUCGGGCUGUUGGCGACGUUGGUCGCGGCCGGCGCAGAUUACUACAAGGUCCUCGGACUCACCCGUAGUGCCUCGAGCAAGGAGAUCAAGAAGCAGUACAAGGUCCUCUCCAAAAAGUAUCAUCCGGACAAGAACCCCGGAAACAAGGAGGCGGAGGAGAAGUUUGUCGAGGUCGCUGCAGCCUACGAAGUUCUAUCGGACAAGGAAAAGAAGAGUAUCUAUGACCGCUAUGGUGAAGAAGGACUGAAGCAGCAGCAACAGCAGGGCCACGGUGGCUUCCACGACCCAUUCGACAUCUUUGCACAAUUCUUUGGCGGCGGAUCAAGACACCAGCACGCGGAGCAGGAGAGGAGAGGUCCAGAGCUCCGUAUGGAGCUCGAGGUCACGCUGGAGGAACUGUAUUCUGGGAAAUCGAUCGAAAUCGAGGUCUCGAAACAGAUCGUUUGCCCACACUGCAGCGGAUCGGGCGCGAAAUCCUCGGACGAUGUGGUCACUUGUUCAACAUGUCAGGGCCAGGGUGUCAGGAUUGUGAAGCAUAUGUUGGCACCGGGCAUGUUCCAGCAGUUCCGACAAACCUGUGAUCAAUGCGGCGGAAAGGGCAAGACGAUCAAGGAGCACUGUCCAGUUUGUCAUGGCACCAAGGUCCAACGUGGAUCCGAACAACUGACGAUCGUGGUCGAACCCGGUCUCGCGGACGGUUCAACUAUUGUCUUUGAUGGGGAGGGAGAUGAGGCCCCAGAGGUACUUCCAGGCGACGUGAUCUUUGAGAUUAAGACUCGCGCACAUUCGACCUUUGAACGACGACAGGAUGCGCUCUAUACCUAUGUGACCAUCACCCUCGAGCAGGCCCUCUUGGGUUUCGAUCUGGAGCUGAAGCACUUGGAUGGAAAGCCCAUCAAAUUGACUAGGGGCGAGAAUGUGACGCCGUAUGGAUAUGUCCAGACAUUGAAGGGUCAGGGAAUGCCGAUCAAGGGAUCAAGGGGCGAUUUCGGGGACAUGUUUGUAGAAUACAAGGUCGAAUUCCCUGAGAAACUGACGGAGGACCAACGGUCCUUGGUUGCGACAGCGUUCGGGACCCAUGCCAAGUUUGAUGAGGCAAUGGGAAAACACCAACAACAAGUCUUGCACGACGAGAUGUAG